GUGUUUACUGGCGUGAAAGCGGCCGCUAGAAGAGCAGAGUCCUUAGUAACGGGCCGCAGCGGGCGGUCUGAGCCUCCUUAGCGACGCUCCAGCAUGGCUGAGGACGGGGCUCUGGGUGACCAACGUCGGGUCGCGGAGGUGAUCCAGGCGCUGGGCCGGCACCUGGGCAGCCUGCAGGAGCCCGGCCGGGAUGCGCGGCUGCGGGCGCUGCGGGCCAUCCGGGCCGAGGUGCAGGAGCGGCCGCUCUCGGCCCCGGUGCUGCAGGAGGUCUUCGCCAAGCAGCUGCUGCGGCCGCUGGUGCGGUGCCUGGUGGGGGAUCCGGCCGAGCGCUGCCGGGAGCUGGCCGUCCAGCUCACCUACCACGGCCUGAGCCACAGCGUCCGGCCCGCUGAGGGCCUGCCCUGCUUGCUGCCGGCCCUGGCCCAGCGCCUCUGCCCGCCGCAGGGGCAAUCGCACGAGCCCUGCGAGGAGCUGCGCCUGGCCCUGAUCCAGCUCCUGGGCCUCCUGCUGGAGCUCUGCGAGGCCGCCCUGGCCCCCUACCUGCCCGAGGUCAUCCACAUCCUGCAGGCCACCCUCCUCGACCCCUACCCCGAGGUCAAGCGUGAAAGCUGCAGGUGUGCGGCCGCCAGCGCCAGGGCUAUGCCAGGUGGGACCCGGGGAAGGGAGCCAGGGGGCCUGGAGUGGCCUGCGAGCUGCGGGUGCACAGGGUCCUGCACUCGGGGUUAGUGAUUGGGGAGGAGAGAGAUGGUGGGGAAGCCAGGGAGGAUGAGGGAUCUGCAGGAGCAUUGUUAGUGGCCCUGACUCAGAUGAAGAGGGUGAAUUGGGGGUGGAAUUCAGGGUGCCGGGCACUGGUUGGAGGAGUUGCAGAACACUUUCAUAUGCACUCAGAAUUUUUGAUAAAACCCUUAAUGCAAACAGUUUCACACCAGCACUUCAGAGUCCGUGUUGCUGUGAUUCAAGCCACAGGAACGGUGAUACAGUUUGGCAAUGGAAAGUCUGUAGAUGAUGUUCUCUCUCAUUUGGCCCAGCGACUUUUUGAUGAAAUUCCUCAGGUUCGGCAAGCUGUUACAAGUGUUGUUGGAGAAUGGCUGUUGCACCUGCGGGAUAGAUAUUCUUACUUUCACAAGUUGAUUCCUUUGUUACUCAGCAGCUUUACUGAUGAAAUGCCCGAGAACAAGCAACUGGCUGUGAGUUAUUGGAAGAGGAUAGGCUUGCAGUGGGAAAAAGAGAAUGAAGAAGACCUUAAGGAUAAGCUUGACUUUUAUUCAGCACCAACUCAUUAUCCUGAAGGAGUGGUUCGACCAGAAUUGGGAUGUCGGGAGCUCGUUACAAGAAACCUCUCCAAAAUUCUUCCAGGUCUCUGUCAUGAUGUAACUGACUGGGUUGAAGGCACAAGAAUAAAAGCAUCUCAGCUUCUGUUUGUUUUAUUGCUACAUGCAGAGGAUCACAUUACACAGCACAUGGAGCUACUGCUUAGAACUUUGUACCGAGUAUGCUUAGAUGAAGAGAAUAAUGUGGUUAGAAAUUGUGUGAAAGCAGCAGAGUUGAUUGGAACAUUUGUUAACCCUAAGGUAUCUCUGAAGUUACUGGUGUCAGCCCUUGAAAAAACACCUAUGCCUUCUUAUCUCAUGAUUCUAGCUGCAGUGAUACGAGGUUGCCCAAGACAAGUCUUAAAGCCUCAUUUGUCUUAUCUUGCCAACACACUCUCACAACCUGAGAUCUGUCAGCGAUCUGAAGAGAUCUUUUACAUGGAACAAUUGCUUUGUUGUGUACAAGCAAUAACUGAAGUGUGCCAAGAAGAUUGCAAAGAAACUAGCCUGCAGCUAAUGAAAGUUUUGGUGACAAUAAUGGCAAUACCACGUGCCGAACAUCUUAAUGAAAAGGUAGAGGAGUCAAUGUGUUCAUUAGCUCAGGUGCAGCAUUUGAGUGGUUUUCUUGAUCUCUAUAAACAACAUAUAGAUCAGCUUAUGGAGUGGGUAUCUGUAUCGCAUGAUCGUUGGAACUGCUAUUCUCCAGAAUUAUUACAGUUAGAUGUCAUUGCCACACAUUCAGGUCCUAUAAUAGGUGAAGCCCUUCAAGAUUUCAUUCUCAUCCUUAAGACAUGUCUUCAGCCAACCAAAGACCCACCAAUGCGCUUAAAGCUUUUCACUAUUUUAUCACAGUUGCUCCAGAAAGCAAAUGAGACCAUCAACUCUCAAGGGCAGUUUCUUAGCUACUUUGAGAUCGUGAUAAAAGAGAUAUUGGCUCCUAAUCUGCAGUGGCAUGCUGGAAGAACAGCAGCUGCCAUCCGCACUACAGCUGUAUCGUGCCUUUGGGCUCUUAUUUACAGUGAAAUGCUCUCACCAAAAGAGAUUUUUAAACUAGAAGAUGCACUGAUGCCUCAGGUAAUUGCCACAUUGGAUGAAGAUUCUAAAAUGACUCGAUUAAUGGCUUGUCGUAUUGUCAGUGUUAUUUUAAACAUCUGUGGGAAGCAGUUUGAUCUAGAUAAAUUCAACAACAUUUAUCCUGAACUCUUAAAGCGGCUGGAUGAUGCUGCACACGAUGUACGACUAGCAGCUGCUCAAGCCUUAACUAACUGGUUUAAAUGUAUAAGAAAUGAUGAUGAAAAAUCUAUACUUAAAAGCAAUAUUGAGUUUCUUUACCGAGAACUGUUGAUUCAUCUGGAUGACCCUGACCAAAACAUCCAACGGGCAGUCUUAGACGUUUUAAAAGAAGGAAGUGUUUUAUAUCCAGAAUUACUGGUGAAAGAAAUAGAAGCAGUUAAACAUAAGCAUCGAACUCCUGCGUACUGUAAUCAGCUUCUACAGCACAUUCAGUAACCUGGGGAGUAGAAUUUCUGAGUCAGGAGUGGCAAUGCUGUCUCUAAAAGAGCCUUGUUUGAACGUCAUAUGAACUGGAAUUGCCUCAUCUUCAACUCUACAAUAAAAUAAGUUGAGCAAUAGCUGUGUGGCUCUUUUGCAAAUAGAGUAGUGUGUUCUUUAAAAGUGAAAUCAACGCACUCUGACAUCUUGCAUUGCAGUUUCAACAGGACUCUGCAUACUUACAAUUAGUAAUACAAAACAGAAUGUUUUAAUUUAAUUAAUUCCUUAUUGAAAGUAUUUGGGUUGGGGCAAGAAUUCUCUCUGAAUUUAUCUGACAAUAUUUAUUUCUGAGAAAGCUACCUUAUUUUACAAACUAACCUCUAUGUAAUGUACCCUCAGGCCUAAAAUUGAAUUAGCGAAGCUCAUGUAGGCCUCAAUCCUGCAAGCUGCUGAGUGCCUCCAGCUCUGGGAAUUGCUUAACAUCUUGCACAGCAUCAAGCCCUGCCAUCGUUACCCAUGCACAAUUUAAAUUGCAUCAAGCAACAGAAUUUUACACCAUUUUGUGUACUGAUGCUCUUAAAGUAUCGUAUUUAGUUAAAUGCAGAGCAACUGACCCAGCAAACACAGCAAAGUGAUGAGCUUAUUUCUUAGAGCAGUACUAUUCAAAUUAAAGAUAUAUUAGUCACAUAAGCAUCAUACUUGGCAGCAUUUGCAGAAUGGGACCCUUAGUUUUCAACAUGCCUCCAUUGUAACUAGCAUCACAUUUUGCAAUUUUUAAAAUAAAACCAUUAACCCAGAGGGGAAAAAAUGUAUUUUUCCACAGUACUUGUAAAUCGACUGAAUCUCUUUGUACUAUGUUUACUUCUUGCAGUAUACAAAAUGAGCCUAUACUAUUCUGAGCACAUGUGACUUCUAAAAAAUGCUUCGUAUUGUCACUGUAUUGCACUGUCUGAAUAGAGAAGAAUUUAAUAAGAAUAUAUUUAGGAAUGUACAACAAGGAAUUAAGGAUUUUACAUGACAUUAAAAACAAUGCUCUUUUGUUACAAAAAUAUACUUAGAUCAAUAGUAUUUUUAUUUUUGUACUCAUUAAUUACAUUACGUCUGUAUUUUUUUUAUUUUUUACACUGUAGUGCCUUAAACAAACCAGACUGUGUUGAAUCUGAUUUUAGGUAACCGCUAUGAUUCUUUUUUAAAGAUUUUUUUUAGUACAUAUAAUAUGGUUUAUUUCUGUAUGUUGAGCUAUAUAAUUAAAAACUAUAUUUACAGUGUCUUUGU